AUGGCCAUCGACGCCCACAUCACCGAUCCCUCUCUCGCGUCGGCCGUCGAAACAUCCGGGGCCGCGCGGGAGCAGGCGCAGACGCUCGUCGACCUGGUCGCGCAAGCGAUCGCCGCCAACGCCAACACCAACGGGCCCCUUCCCGCCGAUGCCCUGAUCGAGAUCUCGAAGCAGCAGAAGCUGCUCAAUACCAACCUCGCCCACCUACGGGGGCUGCACCGGACCGCUCACUUUCGCGCGCGCGAGACCAAGAGCCAGACGGCAGAGGCGCGCCACGAGGUGGAUGUGCUGCACUUGCAACUCCAGAAUCUGUACUACGAGCAGCGGCACUUGGAAGGAGAGAUUGCGGCUUGCGAGGGAUUUGAUCAUACGUACCAGCUCCUCCCGCUGGUCCCGGUAGAGGAGUUUCUCUCCCAGCACCCCGAGCAUGCCGACGCCGACGAGAAUGCGUUGAUGGUGAUGCGGAUCAACCAUGAGCGGGCGGAGCGCGAAACGCUUGAGCAGCAACGACUGGAGCUGCAGAAACGGAAACAGAAGCUCAUCGCCGAGAACAAGAAGCGAAGAGACGACUUGGCGAAUCUCGACAAGGAUCUGGAGAAGUUUAUCGAUGCGGCCAAGCCCAUCCAGAAAAUGUUUGAGAAGGUGGUUUGA